GGGAAAUGAUUCCGUAUGACAAGUCAGAAGCGCAAUAUUUGUGAAACGAACAGCACACAAAAUUCCUUGUGGUUGCCAAGGGGAACUCAAAAACAGCACAUCAAAUUAACGCAAACACAUCGGGCAAAACCUACCAAAAAAAUGGCUACUUCACACUUGCCGAUACAAAAGUCCAAAUAUUAUGAACACGAUGGCGAACCCGGCUGCCAGGGUCUGGAUGAAGUGAAUCGCAUGUUUCGCAAUUUCUGGGAUCCAACCGCCUACUGGGUGUGCGAUAAGCAGGGAACAAAGGCUCGCCUGAAUCGCUGCCGGCAAUCGCAGCUGUAUUCCGAGGAGCUUGGACGCUGUGUCCACUACGCCGAGUGGAGCUGGACGGAGCCCAAGGAGCCGCCAAGCCGUCCAAAAUGAGAGAAUCUCUACAGACAAUCAGACAGUCAGACUACGCAUCAUCAUUAUCAGCAGACAGCAGUCAGCAGACAGCAGUCAGCAGACAGCAGACAUACAGCUUACACUAAGUAAUUUAUACAAUCAUUUGAGUUAAUCAGAAUUUAAGUAGAUUUAAGUCGUAUGGUUUUUAGAAAACACUUUACUUAUAGUUCACGAAAUACACAUAUUGGAAAAAAUCAGUACAAUAGUAUAAGUGAGUGUUUGAAAUUACGGCAUUCAAGUGUCCAUUAAUUGUACAACAAUUUUGAGCAUUGUCAUUUGUUAAAUAAUGCAAUGGAAUGGAAUCGGGAAUGUUUCGUAAUGUGUGUGUUUUAUCGGAUAUUGUUGACAGUAAGCAAAACUCAAUUAUAUAUGCAUUCAUAUAAAUAGGUGCCCAAUACCAA